AUGACGCACGCUCGACGUUAUCGAAUCAAAGAUGUAUCAGUUGCAUACCACCAUUUAUUUAUUGUAUCGGAUGAUGAGGACAAAACGGUCUAUAUAUUUCAUUAUCAAUAUGAUAAACUUGGUCACACACUGAUCUUGAUGAAUUCAUCUGGCACAGUAUUGAUCAAUAUUCGUCAAAUAAGUCAAAUUCAUAUAACCUUCGAUAUUUAUGCUGUUGAUGAUAACGAACAUCACAACAACUUGUUAGGAGUUCUUCGACGAAGAGGUCCACCAUGGCAUCAUAAAUAUAUAAUCGAGUCAGUCUACGGUGAAUACAAGAUCGAUCGAACAGGAAAAUUGCAUAGUCAUGAGUAUAAACUAAUGCAAGAUCAACAAUCAAUCGCUAAAAUCCAUCAAGAAGAUCAGGAAUCGGAUCAUUUGGCUUCGAUCGAAAUUGCAGAAGAUGUUGAUAAGAAGAAAGAUCCAUUCAUCUUGACUCUAGUGAUGAUUCAAUUAUCUUUAUGA